GAUGCAGGCUGCAUGUUGUGAAGUGCAGCUGCUCUCCUCAGAGCUCAGAGCUCAGUGCGCGUCUGGAGAGAUGAUGGCUGGCUGGGAAGAAGCGCUGCUGCUAGUCCAUGGACACUAGCUUACAGUAGACACGCAAGUCUGCCGCAAAUUUCGUACAACUCAACGAAACUACACCCAUAGUAGACUCCCAGGCAGCUUUUACAGCGUUUUGUAGCGUUUUGAGUGCUGUUUGUGGUGGUUGUUUGGGAUGGGUUGUGCUAUCUCAGGGUUGGGUUUGGCGCCCAAGAAAACGACGGAAGCCGCGAGUGAAGACGAAGCGCCGCAUCUCACGAGCGAGCACAUCCACAUGAUCAAGGAGUCAUGGAAACUUAUUCAGGAGGAUAUUGCUAAAGUUGGGAUAAUCGUAUUUGUCAGGUUGUUCGAGACUCAUCCGGAGUGCAAAGAUGUCUUCUUCCUGUUCCGUGAUGUGGAGGACUUGGAAAGGUUACGCACUAGCAAGGAGCUACGAGCCCACGGUCUCCGAGUGAUGUCUUUCAUUGAGAAGAGUGUGGCCAGGCUUGAUCAGUUAGAGCGGCUGGACUCACUGGCUGUUGAGCUUGGGAGAAGCCACUACCGCUACUCCGCACCUCCUAAAUACUACGGGUAUGUAGGAACAGAGUUCAUCUGCGCAGUCCGGCCAAUUCUGAAAGACAAAUGGACCCCUGAGCUAGAGAAGGCAUGGAAGACUCUGUUCCAGUACGUGACUCAGCUGAUGCGACAGGGUUACACGGAGGAGGAAGAGGAAGCCAAACGAAGCAACACAGCCGGCUCAAGCAGAGAGCGGCCCGACAAGAGGAACACAGCACUUUAAAACUUCAGCUUUAGCUUUGUUUUAUGUUAGUUAGUUGUGUACAUAGUGUUGUAAUUUACUGAUUUUUACAUUGCAUAACGUUUCUUUGAAUCACAAAUAAGAAAGUCUGUUCUGGUCCAUGCCAUUAACAGCAAAACAAGUUAAACAACUCAAAAAAGGCCCUAACGAAGGGUAAAUUACCUGACAAGUAUUACACAGAAAAAGCCUGGGACAUUUUUUAUUUCGGACUCAAAAUAAGUUAACAGCUCUUCUAAACAUUGUGAUAUUUGCUCAUUGCAUUGUUUGGGCCAACAAGUGAAACAAUAACUGUAAACCUAGAAGUCCAUUUUGGGUUUGUACCAAAAAUGCAUGGAAGGGAGGAAAAAAAUGUGUCAAAGGCACAAAUAUUGAUUGGGACAAAUUAAUUAUGGAUGACUCUAGUAAUAAACAUAGAAGUAUCUUUCAGAAUAAAAAUGUAUAUACUCCUCUGAAGUCAAAAACAAAUCUGUACACUGGAGGAUUUAAAUCCUGGACAUUUGUGGUGAACUUCCAACAUGAGGAGCAGAGGCUAGGUGAGCUUUUAAGACGCAUUUAAAAAUUGAGGGGAAAAAAAAUGGUUUGUAAUCAAAGACAGCAACAUCAUAUGGCACCACCAAAUUAUAC